AUGGUGCUAAAGAUACUUCCUAUUUUCUGCAGUUUAGCAUCCAUUACUGUUUAUGGGGACCAAGUUACAGAUUCUAAGCCUCAUCCGCCUGUGAAGGUUAAAGUGGCCGUUCUUAUUGAGAAUACACCGCACCUGUACCACCGGGACGUCUCGCGGGGCCUCGCGGAGAUCAAUGAGACUCUGUGGACUAGGAUGGGAGUUGAAAUUGAGAGCACAGUAGACAUAUCAUUCGGUGUCGACCCUUACAAAGCCUUGGCCCGUGCGUGUAAUCUGCUUGAAAGUGGACCACAUGUCCUCAUUACAAAAACCUCGUGUGAGUCAUGGGACGCACUGUAUUACAUGGCUGAACAACUGGGGGUCACUCACCUCUUCAUGACACACACAAGUAGCUGCCAACCUGCAGAAUACCCAAACAGAAAAGACCAGUCAACGAAUACAAACGAGCCACUAGAUUCAAGGUACCGUUGGAGGCAGCAACAACAGCAAGGGCAAUCUACCCAGUUCAACAUUCCACUGACAACACAGUUGACUCCAUCUGCAGAUCUAGUUCUGGACAUUAUCAUGAGACUUAAGUGGGAACACGUGGUAGUGGUGUAUGACUCCACAGGUCCAUAUCAACUCAACACUUUCUACCACUCACUAAAUAGCAGAGUCGGGCAGACUGUUCACAUUCACGGUUGCAAAUUUUCCAACGCCUACCAGGAAACACAAAAUGGAAUGGAUAUUCGGAACCAGGUGGUAGAUUGUGUACGAGAAAAACUACAGGCACAAGACGACAUGAAACAACAGCAACGAUUCAGUGGCUCAUUCCAGCCUAGUAAACAUCCAAAACUGGAGGAAAUAACUAAUUUCGUAAUAGUAGCCAACAGCAAGAACUCCCUGGCUAUAUUGAGAGAGGGAAAAGAGGCUGGAUUCAUUGGGCAAGCAUACAAGUGGAUCCUAGCCAACCCGGACAUAGACCCUGGAAUCUUGGCCAAGAUAUCAAACGACACCAAUGUCAUCGCUGUAAUCAGGGCUCACACGGGCAUGGACAGACGUCAUCAGAAUGACAAUCUAGAAUCACCCUCAUCAAAAGAAUCAAGAGACGGAGAGGAGGACGAUAGCAACUGGAUCAGUUUGGCUCCUUCGGAUCCCAAUUCGAACCAACAAUUCCCCAGACAACAGACAUUCCAGACUAGACUAACGGUGGACUUCAUCAAGGACGCAGUCUAUGCAACCGCACACGCAGUCAAACAGAGAAACCAGCAGUGGAAAACGAAAUCAGUUCGGUGUUUCCAAGAAGAUCAGACCCAACAGACAGAUGAACACAUAGCAGGUCUGUUCGAGUCUUUCACAUUUGACCAGCUAAGGAGUAAUCUAUCUGGUCGGAUUUCUUUCUCGAGCUCCGAGGGGCUUCAGUUCUCUCCUGAUUUACUAGCAGUGAGGUACACUCUUCUUCCCAACUACUCCUUCAACAGACCCUACGACAACCCUGCAAUAGGAUCACCAAAGAUGCUAUCAAAGGAUACCCACUGGGAAAUCAUCGCCCAAUACAUGGAAAGGGGAGGGGGAGGAGGAGGGGAGGGGAAGUGGGUGGCGAGGAACCAGUCAUCUUUGUUCCGAGACAGUUUCAGGGGUCUCAAAGGACUCAUGUUACGCAUAGUCACCACAGUCGAGGAUCCCUUCAUCAUCAAGACCAGAACUUCACUCGGUGUGAGCUACUCUGGCUACUGCAUAGACAUUCUCAAUGCAAUCCAGAUCCAUGUGCGCAGUCUGGGCACUAAGUUCGAGUAUGAGCUCUACGAGGUCGGCGACAACAGCUACGGCGUCUAUGACGAAGAAAAGGGCCAGUGGACGGGACUGGUGGGCGACGUCGUCAGGGGAAAAGCGGACAUGGCUGUAGCUGGGAUGAUCAGGAACUACGAGCGAGAGAGUGUGGUGGACUUCACGGCCAGCUUUAUGGACUACGGAGUGGGUAUCCUAGUUCGAAAGCCCAGCAGGACUACCAGCGCAUUCGGAUUCCUAGAGCCUUUCACAGUUCAGGUUUGGCUCUGCAUAGCUAUUGCCUCUUUCGCAGUAGGCACAUGUCUUUUCGUUUUAUCCAAACUCAAUUCCUACGUCCAAACUAACAACACGCAGUCAGCCAUCAUGCAAUCAAAUAUAAACCACAACAACAAUAGCACCACUUCUCAGAAUAGUCAAGCUGACUCCAAAGGAACGGGAGUUCCAGAAGAGGCUCCAGGAGUUGCUGAAGAUGUUAAAGUAGACAGGUCUCCUCAGUUCAACUUUCACAACAGUAUGUGGUUCACUUUGGCGUCCCUGAUGCAACAGGGCUGUGACGUCACUCCAAACACUGUCAGCGGGCGCAUCAUAGGAACCUUCUGGUGGUUCUUCACUCUCAUAAUCAUAGCCACAUAUACUGCCAACUUAGCCGCCUUCCUCACAGUAACGAGAAUGGACUCUCCCAUAGAAGGAUUGUCAGAUCUAGCCACACAGCAAAAAGUGAUAUUCGGCACAGUCGCGGACAGCAGCUUGGAAAAAUUUUUUCAAAAACAGGCUGCAGAAGAUCCUACUUAUAAGCAGCUAUGGAAGCAAAUGGACAAUGCCAGAUCUGAGUCGAUGGUGAGUAACGUUGAAGAGGGUUACAAGAAGGCAAUCAAGGGGGACUACGCCUUCAUGUGGGACUACCCUGUGCUCAUGUAUCAGAAGAAAAAGCAUUGUGAACUGACAACUGUUGGAAAACCAUUCAACAGGAAAAACUACGCCUUUGCUGUUCCAAAGAACGCUAUCUAUCUCGAAAGCAUUACACUCAGCAUUUUAGCCCUUCAAGAAACUGGAGAGCUUGAGAAACUCAGGCAGAAAUGGUUCGAAGCAGAAUCUCUUUGUGCUGAAGAUGAUUCAUCGUCAACUAGCGACAGUCCUAAUGCCGCGAGAGGACUGCAAAUGCAGAAUGUCGCUGGUGUAUUCUACAUACUUAUCAUGGGUGCCGCUCUUUCCAUUUUAACUUCUCUUCUCGAAAUGACUUGGCACAAAUGCCAACAGGAUCCGAGAAUCAGAAAAAAAUCCGUGAACGAUUGUCGAUUAGACUAAUUCAAAA